AUGUCCCUGCAUUUCUCCCUGCAAGAUCCAGAGGAACCAAGUAAGGUGGAGGUGGUCAGAUUCCGAUCGGCCUUCUUCAGUGGGGAAUGUGACAAAGAUCAAGAUGACGAGGUGGUACUCCAGUGCAUCGCAAACAUCCACAAGGAGCAGAGGAAGUUCUGCCUGGCAGCCGAGGGACUCGGGAACCGCCUGUGCUUCUUGGAACCCACCUCUGAGGCCAAGUACAUUCCGCCAGAUCUCUGCGUCUGCAGUUUCGUGCUGGAGCAGUCCCUGUCCGUCAGAGCCCUGCAGGAGAUGCUAGCCAGCACCGGGGAAGAUGGCGGCGAAGGGGCAGCACAAGGGGGCGGCCACAGGACCCUGCUCUAUGGCCACGCAAUCCUCCUGCGGCACUCCUUCAGUGGCAUGAACACAGCGACUAAUCCAAGGGGCCUUCAUGCAGGAGAAGCCUGUUGGUGGACCAUUCACCCUGCUUCCAAACAGAGGUCCGAGGGGGAGAAAGUCCGGAUUGGUGAUGACCUCAUCCUUGUCAGUGUGUCCUCUGAAAGAUACCUUCAUCUCUCCAUCUCGAACGGCAGCAUUCAAGUGGAUGCCUCCUUUAUGCAAACGCUCUGGAACGUACAUCCCACCUGCUCGGGAAGCGGUGUGGAAGAAGGGUAUCUCCUUGGCGGCCAUGUUGUGCGGCUCUUCCACGGUCGUGAUGAGUGUCUGACAAUACCGUCUACAGACCAAAACGACGCCCAGCAUAGGAGGUUGUUCUAUGAAGCUGGGGGCGCCGGGAUGAGAGCCAGGUCUCUGUGGAGAGUGGAGCCCCUUCGGAUAAGCUGGAGUGGCAGCAACAUCCGCUGGGGCCAGGCCUUCCGGCUCCGGCAUCUCACCACAGGCCACUACUUGGCCUUGACCGAGGACCAAGGGCUUCUGCUGCAGGACCGGGGGAAGGCCGACACCAAGUCCACAGCCUUCUGCUUCCGGGCAUCCAAGGAGAUCAAGGAGAAACUGGAUUCCAGUCACAAGCGCGAUAUGGAAGGCAUGGGGAUUCCAGAAAUCAAGUACGGGGAUUCUGUCUGCUUUGUCCAGCAUGUGGCUAGUGGCCUGUGGGUCACCUACAAAGCACAAGACGCCAAAACCUCCCGCCUAGGACCUCUGAAGAGAAAGGUUAUCCUCCACCAGGAAGGCCACAUGGACGACGGGCUGACGCUGCAGAGAUGCCAGCGUGAGGAGUCCCGGGCUGCCCGGAUCAUCCGGAACACAACGGCCUUAUUCAGCCAGUGUCUCAGUGGAAAUAACCGCACGGCCGCCGCCGCCAUCGCCCUGCCGGUAGAGGAGGUCCUGCAGACCUUACAGGACUUGAUUGCCUACUUCGAGCCUCCGGAGGAGGGGCUUCGGCACGAAGAGAAGCAGAACAAGCUUCGCUCCCUCAAAAACAGACAGAACCUCUUCAAAGAAGAGGGAAUGUUGGCCCUCGUGUUGAAUUGCAUCGACCGCUUGAAUGUCUACAACAGCGUGGCACACUUUGCAGGACUCGCAAGGGAAGAGAGCAGCCUGGCUUGGAAAGAAGUGCUAAACCUCCUGUACAAGCUGCUAGCCGCUCUCAUUCGUGGGAACAGAAACAACUGUGCACAGUUCUCCACCAACCUCGACUGGCUCAUCAGCAAACUGGACAGGCUGGAAUCUUCCUCAGGUAUCUUGGAGGUCUUGCACUGCAUUUUGAUCGAAAGCCCGGAAGCCUUAAAUCUGAUAGCUGAAGGACACAUCAAGUCCAUCAUCUCCCUGUUGGAUAAACAUGGUCGGAACCACAAGGUUCUGGAUGUCCUGUGCUCCCUCUGUCUCUGCAACGGGGUUGCCAUGAGAGCCAACCAGAACCUGAUCUGUGACAACUUACUGCCCCAGAGAAACCUGCUCCUGCAGACGCGGCUGAUCAAUGACGUGACCAGUAUCCGGCCAAACAUCUUCCUGGGAGUUGCUGAGGGCUCAGCCCAGUAUAAGAAGUGGUACUUUGAGCUGAUUAUCGACCAGGUGGACCCCUUCCUGACAGCGGAGCCCACGCACCUGCGGGUGGGCUGGGCAUCGUCCCCGGGCUACGCCCCGUACCCCGGAGGCGGGGAAGGAUGGGGAGGUAAUGGUGUGGGCGAUGACUUGCACUCCUACGGCUUCGACGGACUUCACCUUUGGUCAGGACGGAUACCCAGAGCGGUCGCCUCCAUCAACCAGCACCUGCUGAGGUCGGACGACGUGGUGAGCUGCUGCCUGGACCUGGGGGUGCCCAGCAUCUCCUUCCGCAUCAACGGGCAGCCGGUCCAGGGCAUGUUUGAGAACUUCAACACCGACGGGCUCUUCUUCCCUGUGAUGAGCUUCUCAGCCGGCGUCAAAGUACGUUUCCUGAUGGGUGGACGCCAUGGGGAAUUUAAGUUUCUGCCUCCCUCUGGGUAUGCCCCGUGCUAUGAAGCCUUGCUCCCGAAAGAGAGGCUGAGACUGGAGGCCGUGAAGGAAUACAAGCGCGAUACGGGCGGCGUCCGUGACCUCCUGGGCACCACCCAGCUCCUCUCCCACGCCUCCUUCACCCCGUGUCCGGUCGACACCAGUCAGGUUGUUUUACCACCUCACCUGGAGAAGAUCCGAGACAGACUGGCCGAAAACAUCCACGAGCUUUGGGGAAUGAACAAAAUAGAACUCGGCUGGACUUUCGGCAAAAUACGGGAUGACAAUAAAAGACAGCACCCCUGCCUUGUGGAGUUUUCAAAGCUUCCUGAAACUGAGAAGAAUUACAACCUACAGAUGUCGACUGAAACCUUAAAAACCCUCCUGGCCCUGGGCUGCCACAUUGCUCACGUUAACCCUGCCGCGGAGGAGGAGCUCAAGAAGGUCAAACUGCCCAAAAACUUCAUGAUGUCUAACGGCUACAAACCAGCCCCUUUGGAUUUGUCUGAUGUGAAGCUCUUACCUCCUCAAGAAGUUUUAGUGGAUAAGCUUGCAGAAAACGCACAUAAUGUUUGGGCAAAGGACAGAAUUAAACAAGGGUGGACCUAUGGCAUUCAGCAGGAUUUGAAGAACAAAAGAAACCCCCGUCUGGUGCCAUAUGCUCUACUGGACGAACGCACUAAGAAGUCAAACCGGGACAGCCUUCGUGAAGCCGUUCGGACAUUUGUGGGCUAUGGGUAUAACGUGGAGCCUUCAGACCAAGAACUAGCUGAUCCGGCUGUAGAAAAAGUCAGCAUAGACAAGCUCCGAUUUUUCCGGGUGGAGCGGUCCUACGCGGUCCGGUCUGGGAAGUGGUACUUUGAGUUUGAAGUGGUGACCGGAGGCGCCAUGCGCGUCGGCUGGGCCCGGCCGGGCUGCCGCCCCGACGUCGAGCUGGGGGCUGACGAUCAAGCAUUUGUGUUUGAAGGCAGCAAGGGCCAGCGCUGGCACCAAGGGAGUGGGUAUUUUGGGCGAACAUGGCAGCCCGGCGACGUGGUUGGAUGUAUGAUUAACCUGGACGAUGCCUCAAUGAUCUUCACACUGAAUGGGGAGCUGCUGAUCACCAACAAAGGCUCUGAACUUGCCUUUGCUGACUAUGACAUUGAGAACGGCUUUGUGCCCAUCUGCUCCCUGGGGCUGUCUCAGAUUGGCCGCAUGAACCUGGGGACAGAUGCCAGCACCUUCAAGUUUUACACCAUGUGUGGCCUCCAGGAGGGCUUUGAGCCUUUUGCCGUCAACAUGAACCGGGAUGUGGCGAUGUGGUUCAGCAAGCGCCUUCCCACGUUUGUCAACGUACCGAAGGACCACCCCCACAUAGAGGUCGUGAGGAUUGAUAGCACCAUGGACAGCCCUCCAUGUCUCAAGGUGACCCACAAGACAUUUGGCACUCAGAACAGCAAUGCCAACAUGAUCUACUGCCGCCUGAGCAUGCCUGUUGAGUGCCAUUCCUUCAGCCACAGCUCCUGUCUGGACAGCGAUGUUUUCCAGAAAAGGAAACAGAUGCAUGAAAUACUCUCUCCUACAACAACACAAUGCCACUAUGCCGUCCGCAUCUUUGCUGGGCAGGAUCCUUCCUGUGUCUGGGUUGGAUGGGUGACUCCAGACUAUCAUUUGUACAGUGAAAAGUUUGACCUGAAUAAAAACUGCACGGUGACUGUAACCCUGGGAGAUGAAAGAGGCCGGGUCCGCGAAAGUGUGAAACGCAGCAACUGCUACAUGGUCUGGGGCGGGGACGUAGUAGCCAGCUCCCAGAGACCCACUCGGAGCAAUGUGGACCUGGAGAUCAGCUGCCUUGUGGACCUGGCGAUGGGCAUGCUGUCCUUCUCGGCUAACGGAAAGGAGCUCAGCACCUGCUACCAGGUGGAGCCCAACACAAAAGUGUUUCCAGCCGUCUUCCUGCAGCCGACAAGCACUGCUUUGUUUCAGUUUGAACUUGGGAAGCUGAAGAAUGCCAUGCCCUUGUCGGCAGCCAUAUUUAAGAGUGAGGAGAAGAACCCCAUCCCGCAGUGCCCGCCGCGGCUGGACGUGCAGACCAUGCAGCCUGUGCUCUGGAGCCGCAUGCCCAGCAGCUUCCUGAAGGUGGAGACGGAGCGGGUGAGCGAGCGCCAUGGCUGGGCCGUGCAGUGCCUGGAGCCCCUGCAGAUGAUGGCGCUGUACAUCCCCGAGGAGAACAGGUGCGUGGACAUCCUGGAGCUCUGCGAGCAGGAGGACCUGAUGCAGUUCCACUACCACACGCUGCGGCUGUACAGCGCCGUGUGCGCCCUGGGGAACAGCCGGGUGGCCUGUGCGCUGUGCAGCCACGUCGACCUGCCCCAGCUCUUCUACGCCAUCGACAGCAAGUACCUCCCCGGCCUGCUUCGGUCCGGUUUCUAUGACCUGCUCAUCAGCAUCCACCUGGCCAAUGCCAAGGAGAGGAAGCUGAUGAUGAAGAAUGAGUACAUCAUCCCCAUCACCCGCGCCACCAGGGACAUCCGCCUUUACCCGGACCAGUCCAAGCGGCCCGGGCUGCCCGGGGUGGGGCUGCGGGCCUGCCUCAAGCCAGGCUGCCGGUUCACCACCCCCAGCGCCGUGGCCACCAGGGAGGAGCCGCAGAAGCAGAGCCCUGAGAUCCCCCUGGAGCUGCUCAAGACAAAGGCGCUGGGCAUGCUGACGGAGGCUGUGCACAGCAGCGGGGCCCACAUCCGGGACCCCGUCGGGGGCUCCGUGGAGUUCCAGUUCGUGCCCGUGCUGAAGCUCAUUGGAACCCUGCUGAUCAUGGGUGUGUUUGAUGACGACGAUGUGCGCCGGAUCCUCCUCCUGAUCGACCCCUCUGUGUUUGGGGAGCGAGCGGGGGAGACGGAAGAGGGCACGGAGAAGGAGGAGGCCACGCAGGUGGAGGAGAAGGCGGUGGAGGCUGGGGAAAAGGCUGGCAAGAAGGCUCCUGCCAGAGGCCUGCUGCAGACCCGGAUGCCUGAGUCCGUCAAGCUGCAGGUCAACAUGCUUCUCAACUUCCAGCUGGGGGAGAAUUGCCCAUGCCCGGAGGACAUCCGUGAGGAGCUGUAUGACUUCCACGGGGACCUGCUCCUCCACUGUGGUGUCCCCGUGGAGGAGGAGGAGGAGGAGGAGGAGGACAGCUCCUGGCCAGGAAGACUGCGUGCCUUGGUGUACAAAAUCAAAGGCCCGCCCAGGCCUGAGAAGAUGAAGCGGGCAGAGGAGGAGGAGCGAUACCCCGCCACGCUGAGGGAGCUGGUCUCCCAGACCAUGAUCUGCUGGGCCCAGGAGAACCAGAUCCAGGACGCGGAGCUGGUCCGCGUGAUGUUCGACCUCCUCCGGAGGCAGUACGACAGCACCGGGGAGCUGCUGCGGGCCCUGCGCAAGACCUACACCAUCAGCCAGGCCUCCGUGAGCGACACCGGCCAGCUGCUGGCCGCCCUGGGCCAGAUUCGCUCCCUCCUCAGCGUCCGGAUGGGCAAGGAAGAGGAGCAGCUCAUGAUCCACGGGCUGGGAGACAUCAUGAACAACAAGGUGUUUUACCAGCAUCCCAACCUCAUGCGAGUCCUGGGCAUGCACGAGACCGUGAUGGAGGUGAUGGUGAACGUGUUGGGAACCGAGAAGUCGCAGAUCACUUUCCCAAAGAUGGUUGCCAGCUGCUGCCGCUUCCUCUGCUAUUUCUGUCGAAUUAGCCGGCAAAAUCAGAAGGCCAUGUUCGAGCAUCUAAGUUACCUGCUAGAGAACAGCAGUGUGGGACUAGCCUCCCCCUCCAUGAGGGGGUCCACGCCCCUGGACGUGGCAGCCUCCUCCGUGAUGGACAACAACGAGUUAGCGCUGGGCUUAGAGGAGCCGGAUCUGGAAAAGGUGGUAACCUACCUGGCGGGCUGUGGCCUGCAGAGCUGCCCCCUGCUUCUGGCCAAAGGGUACCCCGACAUCGGCUGGAACCCCAUCGAAGGGGAGCGCUACCUGACCUUCCUGAGGUUUGCCGUCUUCGUGAACAGUGAAAGCGUGGAGGAGAAUGCCAGCGUGGUGGUCAAGCUGCUCAUCAGACGGCCAGAGUGCUUCGGGCCAGCGCUGCGGGGCGAGGGGGGCAACGGGCUGCUGGCGGCCAUGCAGGGCGCCAUUAAGAUCUCCGAGAGCCCGGCUCUGGACCUCCCCGCCCAGGGGUACAAGAGAGACGCCUCAGAGGGCGAUGGAGAGGAGGACGCGGUCGUGCACAUGGGCAAUGCGGUCAUGUCAUUCUAUUCUGCACUCAUCGAUCUCCUGGGCCGCUGUGCUCCCGAGAUGCACCUCAUCCAGGCAGGAAAAGGGGAAGCCAUCCGAAUCCGGUCCAUCCUGCGCUCCCUGGUCCCCACAGAAGACCUGGUCGGGAUUGUCAGCAUUCCCCUGAAGCUCCCCUCUCUGAACAAAGACGGGUCGGUCAGCGAACCAGACAUGGCAGCCAACUUCUGCCCCGACCACAAGGCACCCAUGGUGCUGUUCCUGGACCGUGUGUAUGGGGUUGAGGACCAAGCUUUCCUGCUGCAUCUGCUGGAGGUUGGCUUUUUACCUGACCUGAGAGCCUCUGCCUCUCUAGAUACAGUGUCCCUCAGCACCACGGAGGCCGCGCUGGCCCUGAACAGGUACAUGUGCUCCGCGGUGCUCCCGCUCCUCACGAGGUGUGCUCCUCUCUUUGCCGGGACGGAGCAUCACACCUCCCUCAUCGAUUCCACGCUGCAGACAAUAUACAGGCUUUCCAAGGGACGGUCUCUCACCAAAGCCCAGAGGGACACCAUAGAAGAAUGCUUGCUCGCCAUUUGCAAUCAUUUGAGGCCCUCCAUGCUGCAGCAGCUCCUGAGACGCCUGGUCUUCGAUGUGCCACAGCUCAAUGAGUACUGCAAAAUGCCUCUAAAGCUUCUGACAAGCCACUAUGAGCAGUGCUGGAAGUAUUACUGCCUCCCUGCGGGAUGGGGCGGCCACGGGAUGGCUGUGGAAGAGGAGCUGCACCUCACGGAAAAGCUCUUCUGGGGGAUCUUUGACUCCCUCUCCCGCAAGAAGUACGACCCGGACCUUUUCCUCAUGGCCCUUCCCUGUCUCAGCGCCAUUGCCGGGGCUCUGCCGCCAGAUUAUCUGGACACGCGAAUCACAGCCGUGUUGGAGAAACAGGUCUCGGUGGAUGCUGAUGGCAACUUUGACCCGAAGCCCAUCAACACCAUGAAUUUUUCUUUGCCUGAAAAAUUGGAAUCCAUCGUCACCAAGUAUGCUGAACACUCACAUGACAAAUGGGCCUGUGACAAGAGUCAGAGUGGAUGGAAAUACGGCAUUUCCCUAGAUGAAAAUGUGAAGACCCACCCUCUGAUGAGACCCUUCAAGACGCUGACUGAGAAGGAGAAGGAGAUUUACCGCCGGCCUGCCAGAGAGUCCCUAAAGACCAUGCUGGCGGUGGGCUGGGCUGUGGAGAGGACCAGAGAGGGGGAGGCUUCGGUUCAACAACGGGAAAAUGAGAAACUCCGAAGCGCUCUGCAGACCAGCCAGGGUAGCAGCUACAGCCCUGCGCCUCUGGAUCUCUCCAACGUGGUGCUCUCCAGGGAGCUGCAGGGAAUGGUGGAGGUGGUGGCCGAGAACUAUCACAAUAUCUGGGCCAAGAAGAAGAAGUCAGAGCUGGAGAGCAAAGGUGGGGGCAGCCACCCCCUUUUGGUACCGUAUGACACCUUGACAGCCAAGGAAAAGUUCAGGGACCGAGAGAAGGCGCAGGACCUGUUCAAGUUCCUCCAAGUGAAUGGCAUUAUAGUUUCCAGGGGGGCGAAGGACACGGAGCUGGAUGCCUCCUCCAUGGAAAAGAGAUUUGCCUACAAGUUUCUGAAGAAAAUUCUGAAGUAUGUUGACUCUGCUCAGGAGUUCAUCGCCCACUUGGAAGCCAUCGUGAGCAGUGGGAAAACUGAAAAGUCUCCCCAUGACCAGGAGAUCAAAUUCUUUGCCAAGAGGGCGCUGUGCGGGCCACAGCAUGGGCGCCGGCUGAAGGCCGAGGCGGAGGGUGAGGUGGGCUGGGCCCGAGGGGCGGCCUCCGGGGACCCCGCAGCUUUCCAGAUGCCCCGGAAGCAUACUCUGCGGCGGGCAGAUGCUGCCUUCCAGCACCGCAUCCCCAGAAAGCCUUGCUGGGCACCAGGGGCGACGGUGUGCGGCCUCUUCUGCAAACUUGCUGCUCUUGUUAGACACAGGAUUUCCCUCUUUGGAAGCGACGCUUCUACAAUGGUCAGCUGUCUCCACAUCUUAGCGCAGACACUUGACACAAGGACUGUGGUGAAGUCUGGCUCAGAGCCCGUGAAGGCUGGCUUGCGGGCCUUCUUUGAGAAUGCCGCCGAGGACUUAGAGAGGACUUCGGAAAACCUGAAGCUGGGGAAGUUCACCCACUCCAGAACCCAGAUCAAAGGCGUCUCUCAGAACAUUAACUACACCACGGUGGCCCUGCUACCCAUCCUGACGUCCAUCUUUGAGCACGUGGCCCAGCACCAGUUCGGGGUGGAUCUGCUCUUGAGCGACGUGCAGAUUUCAUGCUACCGCAUACUGUGUAGCCUCUAUUCCCUCGGCACCGGAAGGAACAUCUACGUUGAAAGGCAACGUCCUGCCCUUGGAGAAUGUCUGGCUUCCCUGGCAGCCGCAGUGCCUGUGGCCUUCCUGGAGCCCACCCUGAAUCGCUACAAUCCCCUCUCGGUCUUCAACACCAAAACUCCCAGGGAGAGGUCUAUUCUGGGGCUGCCAGACAUGGUGGAAGACAUGUGUCCCGGCGUCCCCCCGCUGGAAGGCCUGAUGAAGGAGAUCGGCAGCCUGGCCGAGUCGGGCGCCCGGUACUCAGAGAUGCCCCACGUCAUCGAGGUGACCCUGCCCAUGCUGUGCAGCUACCUGUCCUACUGGUGGGCGCACGGCCCCGAGGGCCUGCCCCCGAGCGCCGGGCCCUGCUGCACCACCGUCACGUCUGAGCACCUCAGCCUCAUCCUGGGCAACAUCCUGAAAAUCAUCAACAACAACCUGGGCAUCGACGAGGCUUCCUGGAUGAAGCGCAUUGCAGUGUACGCCCAGCCGAUCAUCAGCAAAGCCAGGCCGGACCUGCUCCGCAGCCACUUCAUCCCCACCCUGGAGAAGCUGAAGAAGAAGGCCGUGAAGACGGUGCAGGAGGAGGAGCAGCUGCGAGCCGACGGCAAGGCGGACACGCAGGAGGCCGAGCUGCUCAUCCUGGACGAGUUCUCCAUCCUCUGCAGAGACCUCUACGCCUUCUACCCGCUGCUGAUCCGCUACGUGGACAACCACAGGUCUAACUGGCUGAAAAGCCCUGAUGCUGACUCGGAUCAGCUUUUCCGCAUGGUGGCAGAGGUCUUCAUCCUGUGGUGCAAAUCUCAUAACUUCAAGAGAGAAGAGCAAAAUUUUGUGAUUCAGAAUGAAAUUAAUAAUUUGGCAUUUUUGACUGGAGACAGCAAAAGCAAGAUGUCCAAAGCCAUGGAAGUCAAGUCUGGAGGACAGGACCAGGAGCGGAAGAAGACGAAGCGGAGGGGAGACCUGUACUCCAUCCAGACCUCCCUCAUCGUGGCCACCCUGAAGAAGAUGCUGCCCGUGGGCUUGAACAUGUGUACUCCGGGCGACCAGGAGCUGAUCUCCCUGGCGAAGUCCCGAUACGGCUGUAGGGACACGGAUGAGGAGGUCAAGGAGCAUCUGCGCAACAACCUGCAUUUGCAAGAGAAGUCCGACGAUCCAGCUGUAAAAUGGCAGCUAAACCUCUACAAGGAUGUGAUCAGGAGUGACGAGCCUUCGGAUCCUGAAAAGACGGUGGAGCGCGUCCAGAGGAUCUCAGCCGCCGUCUUCCACCUGGAGCAGGUGGAGCAGCCUUUGAGGUCCCGGAAGGCCGUCUGGCACAAGCUGCUGUCCAAGCAACGGAAGCGGGCUGUGGUGGCCUGCUUCAGGAUGGCCCCGCUCUACAACCUGCCCAGGCACCGCUCUAUUAACCUCUUCCUCCAUGGCUAUCAGAGAUUUUGGAUAGAAACAGAGGCGUAUUCCUUUGAAGAGAAGCUAGUGCAGGACUUGGCUAGAUCGCCCACGGUGGAAGAGGAAGAGGAGGAAGAGCCGGAAAGGCAGCCGGACCCGCUGCACCAGAUCAUUCUCCACUUCAGCCGCAGCGCGCUCACAGAGAGGAGCAAACUGGAAGAGGACCCUUUGUAUACCUCCUACUCCAGCAUGAUGGCCAAGAGCUGUCAGAGCGGAGAGGAUGAAGACGAAGAGGAAGACAAGGAAAAAACAUUUGAGGAGAAAGAGAUGGAGAAACAGAAAACCCUCUAUCAACAGGCUCGGCUGCAUGAACGUGGGGCUGCCGAGAUGGUUCUACAGAUGAUCAGUGCCAGCAAAGGUGAGAUGAGCCCUAUGGUGGUGGAGACGCUGAAGCUGGGGAUCGCCAUUCUCAACGGCGGCAACACGGGCGUGCAGCAGAAAAUGCUAGAUUAUCUAAAGGAGAAAAAAGAUGCUGGAUUCUUUCAGAGCCUUUCUGGUCUUAUGCAGUCCUGCAGCGUCCUUGAUUUGAAUGCAUUUGAGAGACAGAACAAAGCCGAAGGCCUGGGGAUGGUUACGGAAGAAGGAACACUUAUUGUUCGUGAACGUGGUGAAAAGGUUCUUCAGAAUGAUGAGUUUACACGAGACCUCUUUAGAUUCCUGCAGUUGCUUUGUGAAGGCCACAACAGCGACUUUCAGAACUUCCUGCGGACUCAGAUGGGGAACACCACCACUGUAAACAUCAUCAUCAGCACUGUGGACUACCUUCUGCGUCUGCAGGAAUCAAUCAGUGAUUUCUACUGGUACUACUCAGGGAAGAACGUCAUUGAUGAAUCAGGGCAGCACAAUUUUUCUAAAGCUCUGGCGGUCACCAAGCAGAUUUUCAAUUCUCUUACGGAAUACAUCCAGGGUCCGUGUGUGGGGAACCAGCAGAGCCUGGCCCACAGCCGGCUGUGGGACGCCGUGGUGGGCUUCCUCCACGUGUUCGCCAACAUGCAGAUGAAGCUCUCUCAGGAUUCCAGUCAGAUCGAGCUGCUGAAGGAACUCUUGGAUCUCCUUCAGGACAUGGUGGUGAUGCUUCUGUCCCUCCUGGAAGGGAAUGUGGUAAAUGGAACCAUCGGCAAGCAGAUGGUUGACACCCUGGUAGAAUCAUCUACCAACGUAGAAAUGAUCCUGAAAUUCUUUGACAUGUUCUUGAAACUUAAGGACUUAACCGGCUCCGACGCCUUCAAAGAAUACGACCCAGAUGGGAAAGGGAUUAUCUCCAAAAGAGAAUUCCAGAAGGCCAUGGAAGGGCAGAAGCAGUACGCACAGUCCGAGAUUGACUUUCUCCUCUCCUGUGCCGAAGCGGAUGAGAAUGACCUGUUUAACUACGUUGACUUUGUGGACCGGUUCCAUGAGCCGGCCAAGGACAUAGGGUUCAACGUGGCAGUGCUGUUGACCAAUCUGUCUGAACACAUGCCCAAUGACCCUCGCCUCAAGUGCUUGCUCGACCCCGCGGAAAGUGUGCUGAAAUACUUCGAGCCCUACCUGGGGCGCAUCGAGAUCAUGGGAGGGGCCAAGAAAAUCGAGCGCGUGUAUUUCGAGAUCAGCGAGUCCAGCCGGACUCAGUGGGAAAAGCCUCAAGUGAAGGAAUCCAAGCGGCAGUUCAUCUUUGACGUCGUCAACGAAGGGGGGGAGCAAGAAAAGAUGGAGCUGUUUGUGAGCUUCUGUGAGGACACCAUCUUUGAGAUGCAGCUGGCCUCUCAGAUCUCUGAGUCCGACUCAGCCGACAGGCCGGAAGAGGAGGAGGAGGGGGAAGAGGAAGAGUCUUCCUGUGCGUUAGGCACGGAGGGUCAGGAGGAGGAGGACGGGUCCCUGGAGUGUGCCUCGGCGUUUGCCGUGGCCUGUGCCGCGGCCAAGAGAAGCGCGGCCGCCCUGCUGAGGAGGGCCACCCUGAGGAACCUGCGGAGGCAGUGCCGGAGCGUGAGGAAGAUGGCGGCCCGGGAGCUGGCGCAGGCCUGCCUGGGCCUGGCCUCCGCGCUGUGCCUGGGGCUGCUCCGCGGGCUCCUCGCCCUCCUGGCGGGCCUCGCUCAGGCCCUCUGGAGCACGGUGUUCGGAGGGGGCCUGGUGGAAGGCGCGAGGAACAUCCGAGUGACCAAGAUCCUGGGAGACAUGCCCGACCCGACCCAGUUUGGCAUCCAUGACGACGCCACCGAGGCCGAGCGGGCCGACGCGGGCGAGCUGCGUGCCGCCGCCGAGCCGGGCCACGCGGUGAAGGGCGGGAAGGGGGACGCAGACCUCAUGCCAGACCUCUUUGGACUCCACCCAAACAAAGAAGGGCCCGCAGUGGGCUUAGGUGACCUGUCUGAAGUCAUCGGCAAGGCCGAGCCGCCUACGCUGGAGAGCACCGUGCGGAGGAAGAGGAAAGCCCAGGUGGCGGCGGCGGCGAGAGCGGCACAGGCGGCAGACCUUAAUGCGGAGUCUGAGAAGGCGGACAUGGAAGACCGAGAAAAGGAGGACGAAGCCAAAGAGGAGGGCCAGGCUGAGGUCCUGUGGACAGCCGUCACCAAGAGGAAGCCGCACCGGCGGGGCCAGAAGGCCGAGAAGCCUGAGGCCUUCAUGGCCAACUUCCUUAAAGGCCUGGACACCUACCAGACCAAACUGCUGCAUUAUCUGGCCAGGAAUUUCUACAACCUGAGGCUCCUUGCUCUGUUUGUGGCCUUCGCUAUCAACUUCAUCCUGCUUUUCUAUAAGGUCACUGAAGAACCUUUAGAAGAGACAGAGGAUGUGGCGAACCUGUGGAAUUCCUUUAAUGAGGAGGACGAGGAAGAAGCCGUGGUGUUCUUUGUCCUGCAGGAGAGCACCGGCUACAUGGCGCCGGCCCUGGGAGCUCUGGCCGUGGUCCACACCGUCAUCUCCCUCGUCUGUGUGGUGGGAUAUUACUGCCUGAAGGUGCCUUUGGUGGUAUUCAAAAGGGAGAAGGAGAUUGCCCGGAAGCUGGAGUUUGACGGCCUGUACAUCACUGAGCAGCCGUCGGAGGAUGACAUCAAGGGCCAGUGGGACCGCCUGGUGGUCAACACGCCAUCUUUCCCUAAUAACUACUGGGACAAGUUUGUGAAGAGAAAGGUGAUCAACAAGUAUGGAGACCUCUAUGGAGCAGAGCGAAUUGCUGAACUCCUGGGUCUGGACAAAAACGCCCUGGACUUCAGCCCAGUGGAGGAGACCACAGCAGAGGCAGCAUCUUUGGUCUCAUGGCUAAGUUCCAUUGACAUGAAGUACCACAUCUGGAAACUGGGGGUUGUUUUUACUGACAAUUCCUUUCUGUACCUUGCCUGGUAUACAACCAUGUCGGUCCUGGGCCACUACAACAACUUCUUCUUCGCUGCUCAUCUGCUGGAUAUCGCCAUGGGCUUCAAGACAUUAAGGACAAUCCUUUCAUCUGUAACUCACAAUGGCAAACAGUUGGUUCUUACAGUGGGCCUCCUGGCUGUGGUGGUUUAUCUCUACACCGUGGUGGCUUUCAACUUCUUCCGCAAGUUCUACAACAAAAGUGAGGAUGAUGAUGAGCCCGACAUGAAGUGUGAUGACAUGAUGACGUGUUACCUUUUCCACAUGUACGUGGGAGUACGAGCAGGGGGCGGCAUCGGCGAUGAAAUCGAAGACCCCGCUGGCGACCCUUAUGAAAUGUACCGCAUUAUCUUCGACAUUACCUUUUUCUUCUUUGUCAUUGUCAUCCUGCUGGCCAUCAUUCAAGGUCUCAUCAUCGACGCGUUUGGAGAGCUGAGAGACCAGCAGGAACAAGUUCGCGAAGACAUGGAGACUAAAUGUUUCAUCUGUGGCAUUGGCAAUGACUACUUUGAUACGACUCCUCAUGGUUUUGAAACACACACAUUACAAGAGCACAACCUAGCCAACUACUUGUUCUUUCUGAUGUAUUUAAUUAAUAAGGAUGAAACAGAGCACACGGGUCAGGAGUCGUACGUGUGGAAGAUGUACCAGGAGAGGUGCUGGGACUUCUUCCCAGCUGGCGACUGCUUUCGUAAGCAAUACGAAGACCAGCUUGCGUAGAAGGGGAUGAAGGCAGCACGGCGGCACGGCACAGCCCCUCCAGGAAAAUGGAACCCUCCCCGCACCGCUGCCCAGCGCAUCCACGUGUGACCCUUCCAGCCUCACAACGAAGUGUGUGUUCACAAUCCAUGACGGUGCAAAAGACACAGCCUGUGUGCAAUAACCUGUCAAGGCGCUGAAGGAAAAUGUGAGCGAUCGCUACCUGAAGGCCUUCAAGGUUUUCAGCUCUCGUGAGACCAGUGUGUUAGGACUGCAGUGUGGAGGAAAGGGCCAGAGGAAGUCCUGACUGCAGAACAUUGAACUCCCAUGCCGAAGUCGCCCAUAGUUACCUACAAAAGACCGUGGGAAUGACAGUCCAGUUUUUCCCAAGGUACUUGCCAGGGACUGUAUCCAAAACCAGCUUAACAGUGUUUUUAAGCAGUUCAAUAGAAAACCCACACUUUGUCGACAGUGAAAUAUCGAUAAGUGCCUUAAAACCUCUUUAGAUACAGCUAUGCAAGUUUUUUAUGUUUGUGUUCUAGAAGGACAGUUCCACUGAAUAGUCGUGUUGAUCUCUCUUACUUUAUGAAACUGUACUUGAAGGUUAUUCAUACAUUUUCUUUUCAGUAACAGCUUAUUGAACUGCUGUUAUUAGAAGAAAAAUACUGUACUGAAAAUUCAGACAACUCUCAAUCUCAUGCCAAAAUUGAGUAGUGCUUUAUGGUCCCUGUAAGUAGUGGAAUCUCCUCAAAGUGAAGUGCCCACUGCAAUAAAGUCAUACGUACCACUCA